GGAGGGGUGGCCGUAUCCUGGGGUCCCCGAGAGCGGAGUGGCCUCGGGUCCCAGCGGAGUGCAUCGCGGGCUCAGCCCUGCGCACGGCAGAGAUGCCCUGGACUCCGGUGGGAAAAUUGAAAUUUCACUGGCUUCAACUUGGACUGUUUCCCCUGAUAAUCCUCAUCUUGGUUUUCUUUAGCUACGGGUUCCUGAGUUCCAGAAGCCAGCUGUUGGAAGGCCCGGGAGCUGUGACCAGUGUGGCUGUUGGCAAGCUGGAUGGCCAGGAAGGUGUAACCCUGUCAAGGAUGGUGUAUCCCCAGCCAAAUGCGCUAAUACCCACUAGGAAAGACGUCCUCGUCUUGACUCCUUGGCUGGCCCCUAUUGUCUGGGAGGGGACCUUCAACAUCGACAUCCUGAAUGAGCAGUUCAGGCUUCGGAACACCACCAUUGGUCUAACUGUGUUUGCCAUCAAAAAGUACGUGGUCUUUCUGAAGCUGUUCCUGGAGACGGCAGAGCAGCACUUUAUGGUAGGACACAGGGUCACAUACUACGUCUUCACUGACCGGCCGGCUGACGUGCCGCAGGUGCCCCUGGGAGCCAACCGGCAGCUGGUGGUCUUAUCUGUACGCAAUUACACGCGCUGGCAAGACGUGUCCAUGCACCGCAUGGAGAUGAUCAGCCGCUUCUCAGAGCAGCGCUUCCUGCAGGAGGUGGAUUACCUGGUGUGUGCGGACGUGGACAUGAAGUUCCAGGACCACGUGGGUGUGGAGAUCCUGUCUGCGCUCUUCGGCACCCUGCAUCCCGGCUUCUACCGCAGCGGGCGCAAGGCCUUCACCUACGAGCGCCGGCCCCAGUCCCAAGCCUACAUCCCCUGGGACAACGGUGACUUUUACUACAUGGGGGCCUUCUUUGGGGGGUCCGUGGUGGAGGUGAGCAAGCUCACUAAGGCCUGUCACCAGGCCAUGGUGGUAGACCAGGCCAACGGCAUCGAGGCCGUGUGGCAUGACGAAAGCCAUCUCAACAAGUACCUGUUAUAUCACAAGCCCACGAAGGUGCUGUCUCCAGAGUACAUGUGGGACCAGCGGCUGCUGGGCUGGCCCUCCAUCAUCAAGAAGCUGAGAUUUGCGGCCGUUCCCAAAAACCACCAGAAAAUACGGAACCGGUAGCUGGGCUUCCCAGCUGCAGUAGAAAGGGGGCCUGCAGCUGGGUCUCUCUGGCUGUGCAGAGCCGGAAGGACUUGGUUUGAGAGGAGCUGCCGAAGUGUUAACUCUGCUCCACCUCUGGUUCAAGCAGGUCCAGCACCACUUAGCCCACCUCGACCUCGCCCCCUGGGGAGGCCACCGCCUCGAGUGGCCUACAUGCCUGAAGUGCUUCAGCUCUGGGACAUGAUGGGACACAGGUGAAGCCUCCAAAAUGAGGAGGAAACCCGUCUGGUUACAUCUUCAGCUUCAGGCCUGUCCCCUCCCUCGGCAGGGAGCCCUGCCAGCUGGACAGCACCCUCCGGAGCAGGUGGACAAGGAGGGAGGGUUGCAGCCUCCUGGCCUGGGGGUGCUUAGCUCCCACCGAGCCAGAUCGGGUGGAAGGGGCCUGGUUGAUCAUUGCCUUUGGCCAAUUUUGAUUGAUUUAGGAUUGCCAGUUCUCUGUUA